AUGGAAGACUCUACCCGCGCCCGCUGGUCCAACCCCGACGGCCCGGUGCCCGCAGCCGAGCCGCCGGCGCCGGCGGCGGCGGCACCAAACGAUGCGGCCACGCCGUCACGGCGCCGGGCGCCGGAGGCUUCAGGGCGGAGGGCGAAGAAACCGAGGGUGGCGGCAAGCCGAGUGAAGGAUACAGCUGCUGAUGCUGCUGGCAGGUGGUUUAGACCUGGCCAAGCUGUGGUAACCUGUGAAUCCAGUGAGGAUGAGGAGCAUGAUGAGGGGACGGAUGAAGACGCAGUUGGAAAGCAGCGAGCUUUCAACAGAUCUGCCGUCGUCCAAGGUGGAAAGCACCCAGACUGGCUCACUGAGCCGGCUGCAGUGGCAGAGAUUUCAUUGCCACCGUUGUCAUCUGCAGAGGUCGUCUAUUUGCCCCCAGAAGUGGCUGAACAGCGUUUGCUGAGCAGCCCGCAAUUGGAAAGCGUGGCCUAUGCCGCGCGACGAUUCCAAACACACUUGCCAUCUGGGGUUCGCGCUGGCUACUACCUGGGGGAUGGCACUGGCUGUGGAAAGGGUCGUGUGAUUGCGGCCUUGGUCUGGCAUUUGUGGAACAGCGGGGCGAAGCGCCAUGUUUGGCUCAGUGCCAGCAACGAUUUAUUGGCAGAUGCGACCCGUGACUUUCAGGACAUCGGAGCUGAUCUUCCCCUUUGCAACUUGUCUUUCCACAGCUAUGGCCCUAUUCUUGGGGGUGGCGGCUUAGAUGCGGAAGGCAAUGGCAUCAUCUUCGCCAGCUACCACUUAUUGGUGUCCAGUAAAACCUCCGCGGAUGCGGUGUCGCCUGAGACGUCCCGCUUGGGUCAAUUGAUCGAUUGGAUGCGACGAGGGAAAGGUGGUGCCUGCGGCCUCAUUGCUCUGGAUGAAGCACAUCGAACCAAGAAUGUGGCUGCCAAGGGAUCAGGAAGCUCCGCUCAGUUGGGCUCCAAAUCCGGGCUGUGUGCCCUGGAAUUACAACGUGCCUGUCCCAUGGCCGCGGUGCUAUAUGCCAGUGCCACCGGUGCCACCGAGCUACGACACUUGGGCUACUUGGAGCGCCUGGGGCUUUGGGGUCCUGGACGACCCCAUCAAAGCUUUGAAGAACUGCGCAACGCGCUGGAGGGAGGAGGCUUGGCUGCUAUGGAGCUUCUGGCCAUGACGAUGAGAGCUGAAGGGAUGCUCUCAUGUCGCUCCUUGUCUUUCAAAGGAGCUUCCUUUCGUUUGGUGCCUGUCACACUCGAGGGUCUUGCCAAUGUCUACUCAAAGGCCUGCGAAUUCUGGCAAAAGAGUUUGCAGCUGAUUCAGAUCUGCACCAAAGUUGACACGGCCGUAUCCUUGGCAACCUCGGCACAACUCAGGGGCGAGUCGGUGGUCAUCGCCAUGUGGUCCACCGGUGAGUCGGUCACCGAAGCCGUGGCGGAGCGCCACGGGGAGCGCGCCGCGCAGCUGGCGGGCUUCGCCUCGGCACCCAAGGAGGUCGCCUUGCGAAUGCUGAAAGAACUCAGGAGCUUGGCAUCCUCACUGACAUCUGAGCCUCUUGCUCUCAAGGACCUUUUUCCCUUGGACGACGCGUUGGAGCGGUUGCAACUGCCAGCCAAUCCAUUGGAUGAGAUCAUGAAGAAGCUGGGUGGCCCGCGGAAGGUAGCUGAGCUCACGGGUCGAAGCCGCCGCUUGGUCUACAACGAGCUGACCAACGAGACCCGCUUCGAGGAUCGUGGUGAAGGAGCGAACUUGGAGGAGUUGAGGGCCUUCCAGAUGGGUCAGAAGCAUGUGGCCAUUGUGACGGAGGUUGGCUUGAGAUAUGCACUGCUCUUGGCACCCGGAGCACCAAUUCUUGCAGGCAGCCAGUGCUGGAAUCAGUCUACAUUGCGACAGGCCACGCUACAUGAUCUCCAUCGAGAUGCCCUGGGAGACCUGCUCCUGGGGUCGCUGCUACGAGCCUUUGAGCGAGACCAGUUGGAGUGCCGGGUCCUGCAGUCCAAGGCCUUUCAGCCCCAUUUGAAUCGGUGGGCAGAGCUCUUGGUGGCCAAGGGUGGACAUGGUGGAAAGGUGGAUCCGCACGAGGUUCCACCUGAAGUACUGCAACAUGCUGAGAAAAGUUCAGCUGAAGUGAAAUGGGUCUUAAGGCGCCUGGCAAGUUCCGAGUCUCACCAUCGAGGUCCACCCCAUUUCCCUUCGGUGCUGCUGCAGCGUGGCCCGCAGUAUCCCUUUCAACCCUUUGAGCUCACCUACCUGCGCUCCGUGGUUGGAAGCAUUCGGGGCACUGAGCUCAACCAACCCGUGGACCUGCCGGAGGUGUCGGAGGAACAGAGAGCGGAAGCCUUGAAGAUGUACAAAGGACAUGUGCCCCGGGAUCUUUGGGCUGAGGGGUGCCUGGAUGACGACGACCUCAUGGAUCAUACGAAGCCUCCCAAGUGA